GCAUUUGGUCCCUUCCAGCCUUCCCAUUAGAGCCACCCAACCUAGUCGCUGACCCUGUACCUGUGGUCAAUAAACGACCUCACAUUUCGAUCAUCAUCACUCACCAUAAAGCAUCCGUUCUCUCAACGUUAACCGUUAAGCUUGCAACUUGUUUUACUCUUCAGCACCAGCCAGCGCCUGUUUACAGCUCUAUAGAUUUCACUUACAAUUCAUCAAGCGUCAUCCUCAGCAUUCAGCAGCGCCAUCUCGUUUUAGGAGCUGAGCCCACUAUGCCCACAACUCGACGAUCCGCUGCCAGCACUCGCAGCAGGGGCCUGCCAGCCAAGGGACAGUCUACUCUGAGUUUCUCAAACAAAGUCACCAAACCAGUACCCAAAAGCGCCAAGAAGUCUGCCAUCUCUGCUUCGAUCACAAAGCUCGACCCCAGCCAGCAUGCUACACAGCGUGAAGUUGAAGAUAUUGUUGUCAACGACCAUGAGUCCAUAGAAGUUGAUAAGGAAGAAGAAGUUGAGGCAGCGACAGAGACUGAGGUAGUCCCAGAACCUGCGAAGUCUGAAUUGGAGCUGCAAGCAGAGAAAGUCACAGACGCACAGAUCAAGAAGUACUGGAAGUCCAUUGAAGACCAAUGGACUACGCCGCGAUUGCACCAGCAAGGUGUAUCUUUGAGUGAGAAGGUUCUUCGAUAUUUCGAUGUCAGCUCACAAUAUGGUCCCUGUAUAGGCAUGCCUCGCAUUAAGCGCUGGAAACGAGCUGAACGUCUGGGUCUUAAUCCUCCGGUUGAAGUCCUCGCUGUUCUUCUCAAGGAAGAAAGAAAGGGUAACGAUAAAGUCGAAACGGCUCACAUGGAUGAGAUCCUCAAUUCGACUGCUGUAGGGGCCUGAAAUGUCUCCGCCUGUUAUUUGGUCACCAGAGGCUGUUUACGGAGUAAGGUGUUUGAGGGAAUGAUAUUCAGGUGCCGGUGUGGCUUUAUUUGCUGUCUCAAUUAU